GAUUCAGAGGACUAAAAGAAUGCCACCCAUCACCAUCAGACGCCUGCAUUCUUCUACAUGUCUGAUGGAUAUCGUGAGCUAAUAAUAUUGACUCCUAAUUCACUUUUAACAUCAUACUACGAGAGCUAGACGUCCAAUAAGAGAGCCGCCAUCUUUCAGAAUUUGUUCGACGCUGUUGUAUGCAAAGUUGGGAGAGGCUAGGGUUAGUUAGACAGGAAACGGCCCCGCCAUUUUCAGUGCAAACCUCCAGUCCAUUUAAACCCAGCAGGGGGAGGCGGUGCGAAAGCAGACCGAGUUGGUGUGGGAACCAGGGAAAGCGAGAAAGAAGUGGGAUUCGAUCUGAGAGAAAGACUUGCAUGGGAGAGAGAGCGAGAGGGUGAGGGACGGAGACGUUUGAAAUCCAUCGAAAGACUCUGUGGUCCGUAUCCUCGAGGUGGCAAACAACGGUGGGAACGACACACACAAGGCGACACACGAAAGACGAUCUCCACUGGAUUUGUUUUAAAAAGCCUAUCGUGGUUCAUUGUUUCUACCUACAAGGAUGUCGGGGCAAAGCAUUACAGACAGGAUCACUGCCGCUCAGCACAGUGUCACUGGCUCGGCGAUUUCCAAAACCGUAUGCAAGGCAACCACGCAUGAAAUUAUGGGGCCAAAGAAGAAACAUUUGGACUAUCUGAUUCAAUGCACCAACGAGAUGAAUGUGAACAUCCCCCAGUUGGCCGACACUCUGUUCGAGCGGACCGCCAGCACCAGCUGGGUGGUGGUCUUCAAGUCUUUGACGGCCACGCACAACCUGAUGGUCUAUGGCAACGAGAGAUUUAUACAGUACCUGGCCUCAAGGAACACUCUGUUCAACCUCAGCAACUUUUUGGACAAAAGUGGCCUACAAGGCUAUGACAUGUCCACGUUCAUCAGGAGAUACAGCCGCUACCUAAAUGAGAAGGCUGUGUCUUACAGACAAGUCGCUUUCGACUUCACUAAGGUCAAACGAGGAUCUGACGGAGUGAUGAGGACAGUGAACACUGAGAAGCUCCUGAAGACCAUCCCCAUCAUACAGAACCAGAUGGAUGUACUCCUGGACUUCAAUGUCAACGCCAACGAACUGACAAACGGCGUCAUCAAUGCAGCCUUUAUGCUUCUGUUCAAAGACGCCAUUCGACUGUUUGCUGCCUAUAACGAAGGCAUCAUCAACCUUCUAGAGAAGUACUUUGACAUGAAGAAAGUCCAGUGCAAAGAAGGUCUAGAUAUCUACAAGAAAUUCCUCACGCGGAUGACAAGAAUCUCAGAGUUCCUCAAAGUGGCCGAGCAAGUGGGAAUCGAUCGCGGGGACAUUCCGGAUCUCUCCCAGGCCCCCAGCAGUCUGUUGGAUGCCCUGGAGCAGCACCUGGCCUCUCUGGAGGGCAAGAAGGUCAAAGACUCGACAGCUGCCAGCAGGGCCACCACUCUGUCCCACGCCGUGUCCUCACUGGCCAGCACUGGCAUAUCCUUCACCAAAGUGGACGAGAGGGAGAAGCAGGUGGCCCUUGAGGAAGAGCAGGCUCGCCUUAAAGCCCUGAAGCGCCUGAAGGAGCUCCACAAGAAUCCCUCCACCACAGACUCGUCCCCCAUCACCUCGGGGGCAGCCAUCGACCUCUUCUCCACCCCCAGCUCCACCCACAGCUCCAAGGCAGCCAACGACCUGCUGGACCUCCAGCCCUCCUUUCAGUCCGCACUGCCCCUGUCCGCUGGCCUCACGCCCAGCAACACAUGGCAAGAUCAGUGCAAUCCCUUUCUGGAGUCCAGCUCCUCCUCCCUGACAUCAGAUCAUGAUAGCUCAGCGCACCUAGAGCAUAUUCUCCCAGACUCUUUCUGUGGGCCUGGCCCUUACUCCAACUCCUCCCUCUUCCAAUCUGAGCCCCCUGCUGUUGCUGGUGCAUUCAGAGGGUUCUCCGCCUCCCCGACCUCCCAGCAGGCGGCCAACGGCCGAGGCCUUCACGUGGACUUUGACUCCGUGUUUGGCAACAAGACUAACGGCAACACCAUGGACCCCACAGACGCUUUAGGUGGAAUCCUCAAACCCACAGUGGCUUCCUCACCGAAUCAGGGCCUGCACUCCAUCUCCCAGCUGCCGAGCAAGCUCGUGUCAGACGACCUGGACUCCUCGUUGGCCAAUCUCGUUGGCAAUUUGGGAAUCGGCAACGGCACCGCAAAGAAUGAUCUACACUGGAGUCAGCCCGGGGAGAAGAAGCUGACGGGUGGGACCAACUGGCAGCCCAAGAUGGCUCCGUCCACCACAUGGAGCGCUCCAAACAUGAACGACAUACAUUUCCAACACUACGCACCAUCUGUCAUGGCCUACCCCGCAACCACGCCGACGGGAAUGAUGGCAUAUGGAAUGCCUCCCAAUAUGGGCUCCAUGAUGACCACGACACAGCCCAGCAUGAUGUACAACCAGGCAGCCAUGAGGCCCGCAAACCCUUUCGGCCCCGGAGCACAGAUGCAGUUCAUGUAAAGGCAUUAGCGGUCCAGCCUGACAUUUGCCACAUUAAUGACGAAAAACCACAGAAGUCGAAGCAAACCUCAAGUGUUUGCAGUUUUUCCCCUUGCAUCUCUCAAUCGCUUUCUUUAUUCCCAAGUAGGGCUGGAUUAAGACUGUAUGGGCUUUGGUGGGGGCGGAGGGCGUGGGAUGCUGAGUAAGUUGGCAAGGGAUGCGGUUGAGCAGUCCCACGAUACAUACAGAGAAGCCCUUAAAAGUGGACAUUGUGCCAAUGGAGAUCCAGUGUCUUGUCAUUGAGAGGGGAGUGGCAGGGGCUGUGCACUGCCACACAUGAACCAUCUGGACAGGGAGCACUGUGUGCAUCCCAGCCGCCUCCUCCUCUUCCACCUCCCACCAACUCACUGUAAGACCUCGGACAAAGGGGGAAAUGGAAUACUCCCUUCAAAGGGAGAGACCUUUUAGCCUGGUAAAUCGACCAGGUUCUGCCGCCUCUUGAUUGUCAAUCACGAUUACCUUACCCAGAUUUAUUGUGGGAGGAAAAAAAAGAAAUUCCAGUCUAAACAAUGUUGUUGGUUUUUUGUAUGUAUUUCUUUUCUUUUUUUUGCAGUAAACAUUCCUUGUUUGUAUUUAUUUAUGAUUACCCUGCAGAGCGCAUGAGAUUAUUUUUAUUUUAUUUUUUUCAAUUGAACAAAUGACAUCACCCUGUCCCGAUGCAUCGAGGAAGGGCAUCAGGUUUCUGGUAUGAAUGAUUCUAGAAUUUAAUAUUUUGAGUGUUAAAAAAAGAGAAAAUAAUAUAAUGUUUGAGGGAGGGGAAAAACGACACUUUUUUGCUGUUGAGGCACAAAAUAAUCCUUGUAUUCGCAUGAUGCCUUGUAUAGUUCUAUUGGGUCACGUUGAGGAUGUAUAAAGAUACUAUAUGAAAAAAAAAAUUGCUCUAUCGAUCCGGUGAGUUUAAUUUUAAACUAUUGGGUGAGGGAAGAAUUUCAUCGCAGGUAAAUAAAACGAACCAACCCGAAGAAUAAAAAAAAUAAACAAUAAGUUGCAUUUGAAA